AUGAAUAAUUUCAUAGUGUUUCUGUUUGUUAUUACUAUAUGUUUUGGAUUGAGUGAAGCUUGCGCCGAAAGUCGUUUAGUAUUCAAAAACGAACUCGGUAAAGGUAAUAUUUUGCAUGUCAAGUGUCAAUCUUACAACCCAUCCAUGAAUCAUCCACAAAUAGAUAUACAACCCGACCGUUAUCAUAUUUUUUUCGUCCCGGCUGAAGAAAGAACAACGUAUAACUGUCGUCUCUUUUAUCCACUUAAGAAAGAUCCAAAUGAGCGUCCUUCUGAAAACCAUUAUCCUAAUCUCGAAGCAUUUCGAGCAGGCACGGGAUCGAAUAAGUGUGGUCAGUAUCGUGAAUGGUCUGCUAGACAUGAUGGGAUUUAUUUUAGAAGAUGUGCUAUUACACCACUGGGACAUGUGCUUAAUUGGACUACCACUGCACCAAAACGUCGACGUCUGCUUAGUUGGACUAUCAAAACCUAA